AUGGCUAUAUUUAAAGAGCCGCAUUCUAAUGGUCCUUUGUUUGGAGAACUAGCUUUUUAUCAAAGAGCAGCCAAAGAAGACACAAUUAAUACGUGGGUAUCAUCACACAAGUUGAAAUUUCUUGGUGUGCCUGCGUAUAUUGGUUCAGGUUGCCAUGAAAGUAAUGGUUCAAAAUACAGAUUUAUGAUCAUGGAGAGAUUUGGCGAAGAUGUUGAUCAAGUAUUUAAAAGAUGUGGUCAUGUGUUCCAUGUUCAAACAGUUUUCACUUUGGCAAUAAGAAUUCUAGAUAUUCUGGAGUACAUACAUACCCAAGGCUAUGUUCAUGCGGACAUCAAAGGUUCAAACUUGAUGUUAGGAUAUAAAGCAAACAGGAAAACAAGGUUUGUGUUGAAUAUUUGCUAUAUUUUGGUCGAUUAUGGCCUUGCAUGUCGUUAUGUGUCUGAUAAUAAUCACAAAGAGUACAAAGAAGAUCCCAAACGACGGCAUGAUGGAACCAUUGAGUUUACAAGUCGUGAUGCUCAUAAAGGUGUUGCUCCUUCACGUCGAACAGAUCUUGAGAUUCUUGGCUACGCUAUUAAGUGGCUUUGUAAUGUGUUGCCUUGGGAAAACAAACUAAAUGAUAAAGAAUAUGUUAUGAAUGCAAAGACAAGGUUCAUGGAAACAAUACCUGGCUCUAUUAGGAAAUGUUUAGAAGAUCAAUCAACUGGUGCGAUAGAUGAGUUGGAGAAGUAUUUCAAGUACGUGGUUCACCUCGAUUACGAAGCGACACCAGAUUACGGUAACAUAAGGAAGAUAUUUCACAAUGGAUUGCGGAAGAGAAAGUUGGAAGACGACGGUCAGACCGUGACAUUUAAAACAGCCGACAGUCUUUCCCAUGAUGCAGUGAAGAAAUCUGCUGACAGUAGUGACACAGAAGAAAGUAAGAUGAUAUCAAAGUCAAGGGGAAGAAAUACACGAGGACGAAAACCACAAUCUAAAUCGUCAAACAAAGAACAAGCAAGCCACUCAAAAGCCAUGUUGCAUCAAUUAAACGGCGACAAUACGGCAUCUUCCAGGCAUUCUGUCAGGCAAAAUGCCCGCAAGUCAGAUGAGACACCUGCUAAUAUGACGUCGGGUGACGAAGUUAUCAUGACGAGGUCUGCAAGGACAAGAAAACGGGUUACUGACGAGAAUGAUGGAAUCAAACCACGAAAACGAGGCCGUCCAAAGAAGGUAGAAGCAGAGUGAUUGUAUGUGAACAGAUAAGAGACACCUUAAGAGAUUAAUUUUCUUUACUCUUCUCGUGGCUAUAGACCUCUUAAAAACGAAAUCUAAGGAUUUAGUACUCAUAUUUCUAUAUUCUUCUCUUGGCUAUAGAAGAGAAAGGAACAGUAUCUUAGAGGAAUAUACAGAUAAUUGUUUGCUGUUCUUUAGGCUAUAGAUAUACAGAAUUACUUACUUUAUUUAACAAUACAUAAAGUGCACAGUUUGUGAACUGUUAAUCAUUUUGAUAAGGUUAAGAAGUUUUUAUUAUCACGUUGAUAAGUAUUCGUAGGAAAUCUUAGUUUGUUAUUUACUUAAAAAUCAUUCAUGAAUAAAACAGUUUCAACUCUUCUGGUUGCUAAACAACUGAAA